GUAAUUGGCUUUUGGUUUUGAGUGUCUUCUUGUUAAUAUAUGCAGCUCAUGGAUGUCCCGACAAAUGCCUAUGCUAUACAGCUUCAAAGACUGCAGACUGCAAGAAUAGAGGAUUUACUGAAAUUCCCGCCCGUUUACCUCCUGAAAUUCAGAUACUACAGUUGCAGAAUAACCGUAUUUGGAGAAUCAACCAAAAUGCAUUCACUGGAACACCCUUGCUCAAAAUCUUAGACUUGUCUAAUAAUUCUCUCUCGAGUUUGGCACCAGGUGCUUUCCAAAAAUUACGGUAUCUACAGGUUCUAAACCUAACCAGAAAUUUGAUUCAUUUUAUAGAAAACAAGACUUUCAGUUUCCUCCCACACCUAAAAGAACUGGACUUGUCAUCCAACAGCAUUAUACGUUUGCCUGAGACUUUUGGAAACAGCACAGGGAAUAUAACGUUGCUGUCUGUGAAGCAUAACAAACUUCAGAAAAUGGAAAGAGUUCUGCUGGAGUCACUUCCAAACCUGAAAGUGGUUCUUUUCAAAGAUAAUCCCUGGCAAUGUAAUUGUAAUGUCUUUGGUCUGAAACUGUGGCUGGAGAGCUUUUUAUACAGAGGAGGAAUAAGUGACGGCAUUAUCUGCUCAACACCAGGCAUUCGGAAGGGAAAGGACCUCCUCAAAGUUCCCUAUGAGCUGUUUGGGGCGUGCCCUCUAGCGACAGCUCACGUUCAUCUGGCUAGCAUUCACCACCAUAGCGUUGAGCACAGAAGUUCUCUGAAGCAUGCCCAUCACAAUGAACACGGGGAAAACAGCCGUUCAAACUGUGAACCCAAACCAAAGCCAAGGCCUGUUAGUUUGCGUCAUGCAAUUGCCACUGUAGUAAUAACUGGAGUUGUCUGUGGAAUUGUGUGUCUAAUGAUGUUGGCAGCUGCUGUUUAUGGUUGUGCCUAUGCUGCAAUUACUGCUAAAUACCACAGAGAACAUUUGGCCCCGGUCAGACAGCAUGGGACUCCCGAGGAAAAAGAGCCAUUUGAUAGUUCCUUGGCUUGA